UGGUGCUGCCCCCCCCCCCCUCCCCAGCCAACGCUCAGGGAAGAAGCCUGCUGGGUCCCUGCUGUCCACUAGUUCAAGCUGCUCAAUGUGCAGGCUGGUAGAAGUUCCAGGAAAGUGGGUACAUCAGAUCAACCUGAUCAUAACGAGCCCCCCGCUCUGACACAGGGCUGGAGGAGCGUUUGUCCUUUGGCCUGGCAGGGGCUUCUAGCUACAGGAGAAGGCCCUGCCUAGCAAGGAGAGGCCCCAGGGCCGCCAGCUCCACAGCACCGGCCCCUCCGCGGAGCGCGCACCACUGGCCCAGGGACAAUGCGCGCGCACCUGUCCCGAGCCCAUCCUCUAGUCUGCGCAGAGGGGGAGGGGGACGCUCACACGCCGCCUCUCCAGCCGCCGCCCGGCAGCUGCCGCCGCUCGCGCUCUGCAAAGGGCCGGGGCGCUCGGAAGAGCCGGAGCGGAGCACUGCGGCAGCGCGGAGCCCCGAGGGCUUCCCUGCCUCUCUGGGUUUGGGAACUGGGCGCUUGCAGCCCGCAGCAUCCUCCCCGGCCGGUGCCCGGCAUGGAGCCCUGGAAGCAGUGCGCCCAGUGGCUGAUCCACUGCAAGGUGCUGCCGCACAACCACCGAGUGACCUGGCCCACGGCUCAGGUGUUCGACCUGGCGCAGACCCUCCGCGAUGGGGUCCUGCUCUGCCAGCUGCUGAACAACCUGCGGAGCCACUCCAUCAACCUGAAGGAAAUCAACCUCAGACCCCAGAUGUCCCAGUUUCUCUGCUUGAAGAAUAUAAGAACAUUCCUUUCAGCAUGUUGUGAGAUAUUUGGGAUGAAGAAAAGUGAACUUUUUGAAGCAUUUGAUUUGUUUGAUGUGCGAGAUUUUGGAAAGGUCAUAGAAACACUGUCAAAACUUUCUCGCACUCCUAUUGCAUUAACAACAGGAAUAAGGCCAUUCCCUACAGAAGAAAGUGUUGAUGAUGAAGAUAUCUACAAAGGCCUUCCUGAUUUAUUAGACGAAAGUGGUGGCGAUGAGGAUGAAGAGUUAUAUGAUUGUGUCUAUGGAGAAGAUGAAGGUGGGGAAGUAUAUGAAGACUUAAUGAAAGAUGAAGCAGCACAUCAACCUAAAUGUACUGAAAAUGACAUCAGAAGCUGUUGCCUUACUGAAAUAAAACAGACUGAAGAGAAAUACACUGAGACCUUGGAGUCAAUAGAGAAAUUUUUCAUGGUGCCAUUGAAAAGGUUUCUGUCAGCAUCAGAGUUUGAUAUAGUAUUCAUCAACAUUCCUGAAUUGGUGAAAACCCACAGAAGUCUAAUGCAGGACAUUUAUGACUCCAUUGUAAACAAAAAUGACCAGAACCUGUAUCAAAUUUUUAUUAACUACAAGGAAAGAAUGGUUAUUUAUGGGCAGUACUGCAGUCAAGUGGAGACAGCCAUAUCCUGCUUAGACAACAUCUCUAAGACAAAAGAAGAUGUUAAAUUGAAGCUAGAGGAAUGUUCCAAGAGGGCCAAUAAUGGGAAAUUUACUUUGCGGGAUCUUCUAGUGGUUCCUAUGCAGCGAGUUCUGAAAUAUCAUCUGCUGCUGCAGGAACUGGUGAAGCACACCACUGACCCAACUGAGAAGGAAAAUCUGAAGCUGGCACUUGAUGCAAUGAAGGACUUGGCUCAAUAUGUAAAUGAAGUGAAGAGAGAUAAUGAAUCCCUCCGUGAAAUUAAACAGUUUCAGUUAUCAAUAGAGAAUUUGAACCAUUCUCUCUUAAUGUAUGGAAGACCACAAGGUGAUGGUGAAAUAAGGAUAACUACAUUAGACAAACGUGCAAGGCAAGACAGGCAUAUCUUCUUAUUUGAUUUAGCUGUAAUUGUGUGCAAACGGCGAGGUGAUAAUUAUGAAAUGAAGGAAAUAAUAGAUCUUCAGAAGUACAAAAUCACAAAUAAUCCCACCACUGAUAAAGAAACUAAAAAGUGGUCUUAUGGCUUCUACCUCAUCCACAUACAAGGACAAAAUGGUUUGGAAUUUUAUUGCAAAACUAAAGAUUUGAAGAAAAAGUGGCUUGAGCAGUUUGAAAUGGCACUAUCCAACAUAAGACCGGACAAUGCAAAUACAAAUUUUCAUGAGUUCAAAAUGCACACCUUCACUCGUGUCACAGCCUGCAAAGUCUGUCAAAUGCUUCUGAGAGGAACAUUUUAUCAAGGCUAUUUAUGUUCUAAGUGUGGCGCUGGAGCGCACAAAGAAUGUUUAGGGAGAUUAGACAAUUGUGGCAGAGCUAAUUCAGGUGAACAUGGGACCCUGAAACAUGAGAAACGAACUAAUGGAAUUCGAAGAAACUCCAGGCACAUGGACUCAGGAUUACCAAAAAUGCAAGUCAUUAGAAACUACAAUGGGAUACCACAGCCAACUCCACAUGAUGGCCCACCGUUGCACAUCCAGACUGGGGACACUAUUGAACUCAUCAAAGGAGAUGCACAUAGCAAGUUUUGGCAGGGUAAAAAUCUAGUCACAGGGGAGCUUGGCUACUUUCCAAGUGAUGUCGUAAAGCCUUGCCCGUGCAUGCCUAAACCAGUAGACUACUCUUGCCAACCAUGGUAUGCAGGAGCAAUGGAGAGGCUGCAAGCUGAAAGUGAACUUAUUAACAGGGUAAAUAGAACUUACCUGGUGCGACACAGGACCAAAGAGUCAGGAGAAUAUGCAAUUAGCAUUAAGUAUAAUAACGAAGUGAAACACAUCAAGAUUUUAACAAGAGAUGGCUUUUUUCACAUUGCAGAAAAUAAGAAAUUUAAAAGCUUAAUGGAACUUGUAGAGUACUACAAGCACCACUCUCUCAAAGAAGGUUUCCGAAGUUUGGAUACUACUCUUCAGGUUCCAUACAAGGCAUCUGAAAAUUCAGAUGGACAAAGGAGUAAUAAAGCAAGCAGUAACUUGCUAAGUCCAAAAGCAAUAGGCAUAGCCAUUGCCCGGUAUGACUUCUGUGCAAGAGACAUGAGAGAACUGUCCUUACUGAAAGGUGAUGUGGUGAAAAUUUACACAAAGAUGAGUGCCAAUGGCUGGUGGAGAGGUGAAGUAAAUGGAAGGGUGGGCUGGUUUCCAUCAACCUAUGUUGAAGAAGAUGAAUGAAUUGAACACUUACUUUGCACUGUUGACCAGAAAUUUCAGGGGCUGUGGAAUACAACAAUCUGCAAAGCAUUAGUCUUGUUAAGUAUUUCAAAAGCAGCGUUUUCUGUCUGUCCAAACCCUCCAGUCUUAUUGUUGGAAUUUCUACAGAAGUUUGUGCUGACAGAUUAAUGGUCUGCCCAGAGCUAUGCAAGAAACAACCUGCCCCAGUUUGCCAUCCUCAGGGACCAGUAUAAAGCCCAACCCUCACCUUCCCAGAAGAUCCUUGCAAAACAGAUUUCUUUAUACUGCUUUUCAUUUCACCUUGUGAUACACAGUGAAUGCUACCUAUUGGUAAAUGUUUAAUAAAUCUUUUUUUCUAGUAGCUAACAUCUGUGAUGGUAGAAGGAGGAGAUGAAGGCUUAUUACUCCUUACCACUGCAUACAGAAAAAGGAAAGUUAAGUCAUGCCAGUCAAUAUUAGCUGUCUUGAAACAUCAAGCAAUGUUACUUAUCACAUAACAGUUGUGCACUCAUCAAACCAUUCUGAGAAAAAUAGAAAUGUAGUAAAUAUUUAUAGCCUUCUCUUCCAAGAUACAUGUGUGGAAUGAUUUAUAACUGACUUGAAGUCCUGCCUAAAUUUUCAAAGAACUUGUUUUUAUGACAGCAGUUUUAAAAAGGGGAGUGUUACUUAGUGUGGUUCUGCUAGAAAAAAUGACUACAAAUGGGAUUGUGGUGUUCUCUUUUUGUUUUGUUAUGCGCUCCAAAUUUUACUCAGUUUACAAAUAAGCAGAUAACUAUGUAUACACACCUAGGAAUCUUAAAGACAAAAUGUGUUCUUUAUCGCUCAUGUAUCAUCAAUAGUUUAAACAUUUUGUAGGUCAUAUUCUGCCUAUAAUAUGGAGAUUUGGCUUUGCAGUAGGAAUUUAGUUAACAAUUCCUUUCCUGAGUGAGCACAAAAAGAAUCCCACUCACUGUCCCAUAAGUGUAUUGACUCAGCAGGCUGAAAGAAUUAAAUAGUAAUAAAAAUGUAUUUUUGGAGCAAAGCAAGGAGAUUUCACCCUAAAUACACACAGGAACAGAUCUGCUGGGAAAGAAGGUAUCAUUUUUAAGGGUAGUACUUCACUUCGUAUCUUAAACUACUUGCACUUUUGUAUUUUGCUUUUGGAAGCUUUCUACAUCAGGUCUCCAUGAAGGGCUUUUUCUCUUUCCCUUGCUAGCAAAUGGGAGCAUGUAUCAUCCAGUGCAUACCUUCUUGGUCAUCAGGGCAUGGUAAACGAACCUCUUACAGAUUUUUUUUUUUCUGUUGCCUGCCUUUGCUUUUCUGGAAUCUAACCCUGAUUGUUACUUCUCUCCCAGAGUGGCAGUGAAAUUAUGGCAAUGCAGUGGUGUGGACUGUUCCUUCCACAAUAUAAUGCAUAAGUGUCGAUUAU